GCCUCUUUUAGUUUCUGAAUCCGGUGAAAAGGGACGUUUAUUUCCCGUUCAUACGCGAGAGCCGUUCAGUUUCUCGUUUUUUUAUUAUUCAUUUACUUAUUAUAGACGUAUAUACGAAGUGAUAAAAUACUUUAUUAAGGGGCAGAUAAAACGGAUUGCUUCGGUUGAGUAGACGAAGCGUAUUUGGGGGGUUAUCAGAAGCAGGGUUAUUUCCAGCAUGGCGGAUGGAGAGGGGUUUGUGGUGCGAGUCAGAGGUUUGCCCUGGUCCUGCUCUGUUGAUGAAGUUCAGAGGUUUUUCUCAGAAUGCAAAAUUGCCAACAAUGGAACAAGCAUACACUUCACAUAUACACGGGAAGGACGACCAAGUGGAGAGGCAUUUGUCGAGUUUGAAUCGGAGGAAGGUCUUAAAAUCGCAGUGAAGAAAGAUCGUGAAACCAUGGGGCACCGUUACGUAGAAGUAUUCAAAUCCAAUAGUGUUGAGAUGGACUGGGUUUUGAAGCACACCGGACCAAACUGCCCAGACACAGGAGGAGACGGCCUGGUUAGGCUUCGCGGUCUGCCCUUCGGAUGCAGCAAGGAGGAAAUUGUCCAAUUUUUUGCAGGGUUGGAAAUCGUGCCAAAUGGGAUAACAUUGCCGGUGGACUUCCAGGGGAGGAGUACGGGGGAGGCCUUCGUGCAGUUUGCUUCACAGGAUAUAGCCGAAAAGGCUCUAAAGAAACACAAGGAAAGAAUAGGGCACAGGUAUAUAGAGAUCUUCAAGAGCAGUCGCGCGGAAGUGCGCACACAUUAUGAACCCCAGCGUAAGGUCAUGGGCAUGCAGAGACCGGGCCCCUACGACAGGCCGGGUGGAGGCCGCGGCUACAACAGCAUGGGAAGAGGAGUCUCCUUUGAGAGAAUGAGACGUGGAGGCUACGGUGGGGAUGGCCGUUAUGGUGAUGGCAGCUCCUCGUUUCAGAGCACAACAGGGCAUUGUGUGCACAUGAGAGGUCUUCCGUACAGAGCCACUGAGACAGACAUUUAUAAUUUCUUCUCUCCACUGAACCCGGUGCGUGUUCAUCUGGAGAUUGGUCCUGACGGCAGGGUGACGGGCGAGGCGGAUGUCGAGUUUGCCACGCAUGAGGACGCUGUGGCUGCCAUGUCAAAAGACAAAGCCAAUAUGCAGCACCGUUAUGUGGAGCUGUUCCUAAACUCAACAUCAGGGGGCGGAAGCGGAGGAUAUGGUGGCCAAAUGAUGGGCGGUAUGGGAAACCAGUCGUCAUACGGACACAGCAGCCAACAGAUGGGCUCUGGCUACAGCGGUGGUUAUGGUAACCAGAGUGGCAUGGGGGGCUACAGUGACUACAGUGAGUGUCAGCUCUUCCGUAGCUCUGCUAGCCGGUUCCAUGCCAAAUCCUAUCGCCCUUGGACCCCUAGGGGUAGCUGUUUGUAAUGCCUGAUUAAAAAGCCUUUCGUGUUAUCCUGUUGUAGCCGAUCAGGUAAAUACAAUCACCUUUAAACGGUACUCCAAUGCCAAUAUUAUCAUUUUGAUAAAGUUUGUCUGGAUUUCACAUUGCCUAUUUAGUAUCUUUCUGUUGUGCUACCUAAAUAUAAUGAAUGUGUAUCCUUAGAGAUUUUUACAAAAAAAAGAAAAAGAAAAGGUGUGGUGAUAUUUAACACAGAGAGCACAAUUCAAUGAAAGUUUAUGAUUGCAUGUUGGUUUGCUUACCAACUGAAUCAAAGACAAGCGUUUAUUUUUAUGGUUUUAUACAUGACAGUUUGGACACAAGAUAUAUAAUUAAAGUAAAAUAUUUAUUGAUGUUAUGUUUUUGAUGCAUGUUGCUUAUGAUGCGUUUUGGGAUUAAUAAUUGGGUUCCAAAAGGAGUUCUUCAAGGGAAUGGAAUUUUUAGGGGUCCAAGUGAGGUAGAAUUUGAUGCGUCACUGAAGGCCCUAUAACAUGACCUCCAUCAAUGCAUGCUAUCUCUGGCACUGGAUUUCGUGCAGGUCAAAUGGUUUCACCUUUGACCCCACCUGACUUUUUAGAGCAUAGUUAUUCAUUGACAAACAGUUCACCAGGUUUCAUUGCCCGUGUUGUGUCAGUGUAAAAAAAAAACUUUAUAAUGUGAAAUGCAUGUUAUUGCUUUCAAUGUUUAUGUCGUUCUUGAGACAUUUUAAAGGAGUAGUUCACUUUUAAAAAACUUUUGCUGAUAAUUUACUCACCCCCAUGUCAUCCAAGAUGUCCAU